UUGCUGACAGGCGCAGCCGCUGCGGCUUCUCAGAGCGUCUGCCUUUAUCUGCGGCCGUACACAUGCAGCAGCUCGGCACAGGAAAGACCGCUAUCGCCCCCGGAGAGAAAGAGAGAGAGAGAGAGAGAGAGACGCCCCGCACCACACCGCGCCGACAUCCAGCUGGGCUUCCUCCCAGCUGAUGGGCAGCACCUCCAGGCUGACGGAGUGAGGGGAGGGGAGAGGGAGGCUCGUGCCGAGACGAGGAGACCAAACCCCGUGCUCAGCUUUCCCUUACGGCUCUCGCUCCUCACUCUCUGAUGGAUUGCACGGACUGAAGCCGACCGUGAUGCAGACAGAGGAUCUCGUGCGCCAGGACAUGCAGUUUUACUAUGUGGGCGACCACACCUGGGCCACCAUGCUGGGGCAGAGUGUGAAGCUGCAGCCGGUGCCCAUCCAGAGCCUGUCGGAGCUGGAGCGGGCUCGCCUGCAGGAAGUUGCCUUCUACCACCUGGAGGAGCAGGACCUGGACUUCAAGAUCAGCAUUCCGCGAGAAACUCGCAAGAGGAGGAAGUCCCUGCGGAGGAAAUUUGACUCCUUCUCAAAAGAGAAAAAAGAAAGAGAGACGGCCCCCAAGGCGUUCGGCAUCCCCCUGUCCCAGGUGAUCGCCAACGACCGCGCUCACAAGCAGCGGCAGGAUGCUCUGAAGGAGAGCCGGCGGGACUGCCUGGACCUGGAGGCCAGCGUCCUGCGCUUCCGGGCCCAGAAGCAGCAGCAUGACGGUGGGCCCCCCCUCACGUCUGUCCACGCCCCGCCCUCCACCUCCGCCCUGGAGCUCCACAGCAAGCCCCUGUCACCCACCCUCCAGGACAAAGCAUCCAGGGUGCACCGCAGGGGAGGCAUGUCUGUGGACUCUAUCUCCGACAUGGUGGAGAGCCAGUCUCGCCUGCUGGAGGCCCUGCAGCUGUCCCACCCCAACGAGCUGGACAUUAAGAAGGCGGCGGGCCGCACCCAGGCCAAGCUCAGCCUCAACCCCAUCUACAGGCAGGUCCCCCGCGUGCUGGAGCGCUGCUGCUGCCACAUCGAGGCCUACGGGCUUCAGACAGUGGGGAUAUUUCGUGUUGGAAGCUCAAAGAAGAGAGUGAGGCAGCUACGGGAUGACUUUGACCAGGGCGUGGAUGUUUUCCUGGACGAGGAGCACAGUGUUCACGACGUGGCUGCCCUUCUGAAGGAGUUCCUGAGGGACAUGCCCGACCCAUUGCUGCCCCGCGAGCUCUACUCUGCCUUCCUGCACUCCAACCAGCUGAAGGGGGAGGAGCAGCUCUUGUACCUGCAGCUGCUGCUCUACCUGCUGCCGCCCUGCAACUGCGACACACUGCUGCGGCUGCUGUCCCUGCUGCACACCGUGCAGAGCCACGCCCAGGACGUGCCCGCCGGCCCCGACGGCCAGGAGAUUCCGGGGAACAAGAUGACUGCGGCCAACCUGGCGGUGAUCUUCGGGCCCAACCUUCUGCAGAGGGAGCGCAGUGCGGAGAAAGAGCUGAGCUCCCAGGCCAUGGGCAUCGAGGACAGCGCCGCGGUCAUCUCCGUCACACUGCAGCUCAUCCAGCACCACAAGCACCUGUUCAUGGUGUCUGCGGAGCUCCAGCAGGAGGUGCUGAUGAGCCUCAUCCAGACCGACCCUGAUGUCAUUGACUACCUCCUGCGCAGGAAACUGAGCGGCAGUAACGUGACCUUGGAGCCAGACGCAGGGGGCAGGCGGGACACCAAGGCAUCGCUGGACUCAGCAGGGGAUUCCAGCGGGGACCUGUCACCCCUGGAGGCCCCCUCCCCGCUGUUCCCUGACACUCCAGAGGAGGGCAGCCUGAGCAGCGAGGUGUUUCUCAACGUGCUGCGGCUGAACCAGAACAGAAAGCGGUCCUCUGAGGAUGGGUCGGGGAAGUCCAUCGGCCAAAUGAGGCAGUUCCACUCUCACCACAACCUGAUGAGCCUGUCCCAGACUGGCUCCUGUGAGGAUAGCCACAUCCCGGAGACAGCCCCUCCCCAGGGGGGCCAGACCUGCGAGGGAGGGACUGUUCAUUUCACCACGAGUCAGAGCCCUGGCGCAUCACAGACUCCAGCCCCCGAAGACAGCAGCGUGUGGGUGAGACAGAGCACCCCCGCCAGCACAGAGGAGGCCAAGCCUCAACCCCCAAACUUCUGGGACUUUUUUACGGGGACGGUCACCGGCUCAGAAACCAUUGUAUGACCUAGCAGGUGAUGGUGGUGGUGAGAAUGUUUGGACUCCAAAAUAUCCCCAACCCCUGAUCCAGAGACAGAGACACAUACACACACACACGCACACGCACACACACACACACACACACACA